AUGCACCAGCUGCGCGAGGCGACGGCUUCACCGACUCCACUGGGUGAAUUCCUUCGUGACCCCGCCGUGCUCACGUCCCUCUUAGGCCAUAAGAAGCCGCGCCGCGGCUCGACGAGCAGCUCGCACCGGGAGCGGCCGCGCGAGCACAGUCGAGAGCGGAGCCGCGAGCGGGACCGCGAGCAUGGCGGCAAGGAGCCGCGGCGGGACAAGAAGUCCAAGGACACGUCCGAGACCUCGAGCAUCCUCACGCUCGUCUUAGCGGAGGAGGAGCGCCAGGCGCACCGUCUCAAGGCCGUCCUCCGCUCGACAGGCGAGCGGCUCGACUACGAGAUGCGGCGCGCGGACCAGGCGGAGCAGCGCGUGCGCACCGCCGAGGGCCACACGCGCGAGGUGCAGCUGCGCGUCGCUGCGGCGGAGUCUGGUAAGCACCAGGCCGAGUUGGAUGCUGCGCGGGCACGCGAGGAGACGAAGCGAUAUCAGAUCGUCGCCGAGACCGCUGAGCGCGAGCUCCGGCGCGUACAGGCCGACUUGCGUCGCAUCGAGCAGCUGCGCCAGGAGGCCGAGGACAAGGCCUCCGAAGCCCGUGAUAUGGCGCGGAGUUCCCAGCAGACACUGCGAGAGUUCCAGGCGCGUCAGGAGGGCCGUGAGGAGGGCCGGAGACUGGAAGCUACGAGGAGAUACAACGAUGGUCGGGAAGAUGGGUUCGAAGAUGGUCGGGCUGAGGGCUUUGAGCAGGGCCAUGCGGAGGGCUUUGAAGAGGGACGUUCAGAGGGUUAUACCGUCGGUCGAUCCGAAGGCUACAACUCCGGGCGUCUGUUCGGAUUUGAGGAGGGCAGGAAGAUCGGGUGGUCUGAAGGCUACACUGAGGGCUUGGAGAAGGGCCGCAAGCAGGAGCGCACGCAUGCCCUGGAGGCCUUCGACAAAUUCAUGGACGCUGAAGUCGGCCGGGAUGGAAUACGUGACAGCGAUGAGGAUGAGCGCACACAGCGCUGGAUCCAAACGACGUCGACCCAGAUGAGGGAACCAAGUCCGCUUCCUCUCCCACUGCGACCACCUUCUUCGGACAUCAGACCGCCGUCUCCUCAGCCAGUGCGGAUACCCAGUCCUGUGCCAGCACCAAUACCUUCUCCGCAGCCCGUCCACGCAGUUCCUCCACCUGCGCCAAUCCCGUAUGGCUGCACCGCCGUGUCAACCCGGUGCCAGACGCGAACGCGAACCCCCUCGUAUUUAUGCCUGAAGGAGACAGUAGACUGUCUCGGUAGCUAUAUCCUCGAAAUGUGUUGGGAGCGGAAGUCAGAAGAAGUGGAAGCCCAAAGGGCAUAUAUAAUGUAUGUACAACAACUUGUGUAG